GAUUGAGUUUCAGUGGAUGAAUAUGGACCGUUAGUUUUCCCUCGCUUUCCUAUCUUAUAUCUGUGUCCCUCAAAACAUCAUCAGCAAAGAGAAGAGAGAAGAGAAAAAGCAAAGAAAUGAACACUCUCUUCCAAAUCAAACCUCCCUCUGUGAUUUCAUCAACCAUACAAAUCCCUGAAAUCAAAUUCCAAACUGGUUCUAAUCAGUUCAAACCCAAGAGUAUUUCAAAUUCUUUCAAAUUUGUCAUUUAUAAAUCUCUUCCUUUUGCUGCUUCUGUUUCUUUGCUUCUCUCUGCCACUCCAGCUAGCGCUGGAAUUAUGUCUGGUUUUUCUGGGUUAGAAUCAGUUCCUGGUCCAGAGCUUCCUAAGAUCGACUUUCUCGCCAAGAUCAAUGAAGAAAACCAGAAGAAGUAUGCAGAAAAUGAUGCAAGAUUCAAAUCGUCUCCCAUACUUAAAGAACUACUAGAGCGAUCCAAGAAUAACAAAGAAAAGCAUAAGAACCGGUGACUGACAAGCCUGUUGCUGAAUUUCGAGAAGCAGGUACCUGCAUGCGUGAAAAUACAGACUUCCAUAAUUAUGAGACUUGUUCUUUUAUACAAACUACUCUAGCAAUUCAUGGGUGCGGGACAUGGUUGUGCUUUAUGAUUCAUUGCAACUUGCACACAAGUCUAUUCUAAAUUCCUUCUAUGGAUAUGUUAUACGCAAGUGAGUUGCUGAUACAGUGUAGUAAUGGUGAAAGUUUGCAAGAAUUGUCUCCAUUAAUGCAAAAAAAAACAAAAAAAUCAUUCUAAAUCUGAGCUUCCAUUUCAGACAAUUUUAUCAUACAACACUAAAACAAAGUUAUACUCCUAUUCACAUUCUAAAUCAAACUCAUUUCAGACA